GACCCCAGAACAGGCUGUCUAUAGGUUGGAUCCCCUGGUCACCACCGUCAGCGGCCGUCGUGCACAUAAUCCUUCUGUUUGCCCCCCUAUCUUACACACAUACGCGGUACACGCACCAACCGCCACCCAUUUAACCCCCCGCGCCUCCCAGGCUCCCAGGGCAUAUCAUGACCACAAUGGACCUCACACCACCCGCCCUCACAAGGUCGCCGUCAUCGCCGGCGAAUACGUAUUGCCCUUCAGAACGAUCUUCGCUUGACUACCCUUCGCCUGGCUUGGUAGAACAACAAUACAAGCUCUCUUCGAUAUAUGGAGACCAAUCCUGCGCUGUGACACCACCCAUGGAUCACGAGACAUCUCUCCCGCCGCUCGACUCGAUGGGCCACCACGACUGGAACAGCACGACGGUCAUCCACCCUGUCUCGUCCGCGUCUGGUAUGCCCAACAUUCUGUCCUCCGAGUACGACACAUUCGGAAACUAUUCAUACACCCAUGAUGUCUAUCACGCACACUCGGCAAGCCACGCCCCUUCAAUUCAUGCCUCCACGCCCCCGCCGACCGGAUCCGCUCCCAGGUCCUCACCGGCGCCAUCCAGGACAUCGAUUCCGUACACCCCGGCUCCUUCAGUUCCCGGGUCGCUGACACCGCGGCUCAAGAUGGAGGGGAGCUCCGAGUACAGCCAGUGCAUGGAUGGGCAUUACCCUUCGCCCCGGUCAGUGCAGACUUCAUUCGCUUCGGACAGCGGCGCCUACGCCAGCACCUCGGGCGGCUAUCUCUCCGACAGCGGGUCUACGACGUGGCACAAGCCUGAGUUCCAGCCGGUUGAGCCCGAGCCCUUCUACCCACAGCCGUCGGCGUACCUCCACGAUGCAAGGCGGCAGUACCGGAUAACGCGGCCACGAAGGGCUCCGCGCCGGCUGACGACCAAGGAGGAGGCCAACUUCCAAUGCGAAGUGAAGGGAUGCGGCAAGCUGUUCAGCCGAAGCUACAACUUCAAGGCGCACAUGGAGACGCAUGACGAGAAGCGCGAGUACCCCUUCCCGUGCCCAGUCAACGACUGCAACAAGAAGUUUGUGCGCAAGACGGACCUGCAACGCCAUCACCAAAGCGUGCACAUGAGGGAACGCAACCACAAGUGCGACUACUGCGGUCGCAUGUUUGCGCGUAAGGAUACGCUGAGGAGGCACAUGGAAGAUGGCUGCUCCAAGAGGUUCGACAUUGGCACUCUGGAUCUCCGAGCCGAGAGCUACGACAGCAUGCACCCCGGGGCGCGCCCGAUGGGCCCCUUGGGGCACAUGAUUCCGCCCCCUGGUGGCCUGCCACCCAUGGCCAUCCCCCCUCUCUGCAGCACCAGCGUUCUCGGCUCUAUGGCGCCCUCGAUGCGGCCCCGAGAAGCUAUUGCCGCAGGGGAUCACUCGCACGCCCACAGCUGGGGCAGAUGAUGAGAUACCUGGCUUUCCACAAGUGAAGGCUUUUUUCAAUUCUCUUUUCAAUUCUCUUUUUCUCUUUUUCUCUUCCCUUUAUGAUCGGACAUAUCUUGCGAUUUUUAGGUAGAUACCAAGCAGGCGUCGAGGAGACGCCAGGACGGAUCAUGAGGAUCUGGCCUUUUUCCAUUCUC